CGACAUGUCACGGUGUACUGAGUGUUUGCAACACCUUAGACCCAUCUGCAUCAGCCAUGUGAGGCCAAACCUGGGUACGUAUUUUAACAUUAUAGGCUCACUGGGCCAGCAAAACUGAACCUAAGUUUUGCCCCCUCCACUACUACACUUACUAUGAUUCAACCGCCUUUAGGUAGGUUUAGCGACCCUUAGCGCGUGUUUGGCUCCCUUACGACUUGCAAACGACACCGUCAUUCAUCCCUAAUAAUUAUAAUUACACAGUCUCACAUACGGACGCACCCCGUAUUUUUUACGUGGCCUGGCAGACUCAUUAUCGCCAUUCAUCACAGUCUACUCUCUCAGGCUUCAUCUUACAAUUUGCGACGUAUCCCCGAUGAGCGCCAAGAUAGGCUUCACUUCAGUGGAGGUUAUAAGAUGGCUGCAAGAGGAGGCCUGAAAGUAAGCCUUCAUCUUGAUGUCUCAUCCAAUCCUGUCAGAAUUCGAUAUCGUUUUUGCUGGAGGUGGUUCUACAGCUUGUGUUGUCGCAGGUCGGUUGGCCGCAUGCGAUUCCUCGCUCAGGAUCUUGAUUCUAGAAGCCGGUCAACACACCCUCAAUAAACCUAUUCAUGUCCAACCCUACCAAUAUCCCCUCAACCAAGCACCGACGAGCACCACAGUCACAUUCAACAUCGGAAAUCCAUCUCCUCGUCUCAACGGCCGUGCCCCGAUCGUUCCUUGUGGUCGUUGCGUUGGCGGAAGCUCAUGUGUGAAUUUUAUGGCAUACACCCGUGCACCUGCUUCGGACUAUGAUGAUUGGGGAGCCGAUGGUUGGGAAUCUGAGAAUUUGAUUCCCCUCAUGAAGAAGAUAGAGACAUACGAGGUACAGCCCGAUCGUCCAACUCAUGGAUAUAAUGGACCCAUCAAAGUGUCAUCUGGUGGGUGUAAACUGGGCAUCUCGGACGAAUUCAUCCAGGUUGGCACAACCUAUCACAAGAGGCAGUAUGUCGAUGACACCGAUGAUUUGGAAACAUGCAAUGCAUACAGUCCAUGGCGGAAGUACAUUGACGGGACAACCGGAAGGCGUUCAGACGCGGCUCACAACUAUGUCUACAACCAAGCUCACAACCCGAAUUUACAUGUCUGGGACGGAAAGCGCGUGAAGCGUGUCAUCUUCGAGGACAAGCGUGCUGUAGGCGUUGAGUUCACCAGCGAUCUAGUAUCUUGCCCAGACGCGGAUCAGUUGUUGAGUAUUGUGAGAGCAUCAAAACUCGUCGUUGUAUCUGCUGGGGCUUUCGGUUCCCCGGCGAUUCUGGAGAGAUCUGGUAUUGGUGCUGAAUCGAUCCUCAAGCGGUGCGGUGUCGAGCAGCUGGUGAAUUUACCCGGUGUCGGAGAAAAUUAUCAAGAUCACAAUCUCGUCUUUGCUCCAUACUUGGCUGCUGACGAGGCUAUUACCAUGGACCCCCUCUGGCGUGAGGAGACACUUUACAACCACCAAAAUUCAGAACAACUUGCACAAUGGAACAGCACCGGCAAGUCGUUGAUUGCACAAAAUGGCCUCAAUUCGAAAAUAAAGUGGCGUCCUGAUGACGAAGAAUUGAAAGCUAUGGAUCCAGCCUUUCACCCACGCUGGAAGGAAUUCUUCCAGGACCGCCCAGACAAGGCUGUUUCGAUAUUUUUGGCUUUUGCAGGAUAUGUUCAACCGCUCUCGAGGCCGCUUGUUCUUCCUCCUCGCAACUACAUGUGUGCCGGUUAUUAUACACUCUACCCCGUAUCUGUCGGCAGCGUCCAUAUCACCGUGACAGAGGACGGCAAAGAAGGAAUGGACUUUACUACAGGCUACCUAGACGAUCCAUCGGAUAUUGUUCCUAUUAACUUCGGGUACAAAAAGACGCGUGAAAUCUUUCGACGCAUGGCUUCCUACCGAGGUGAAGUUACUAUUGCCCAUCCUGCCUUCCCAGAGGGAAGCGCUGCAGCUUGUAAAGAAGCCUCCGGGCCAGUGGACUUGAAUGCGCCUGACAUCAUCUACACUGCUGAAGAUGAUGAAGCAAUCGAUCGAUUCCACCGUGACAUCAUGCAAACAUCAUGGCAUUCGCUUGGGACUUGCGCCAUGAAACCGGAGGCAGAUCACGGAGUCGUCGAUGCUCGGCUAAAUGUAUACGGGGUGUCGAACCUGAAAGUUGCAGAUAUGUCCAUUUCGCCGUUGAAUGUUGGCACGAACACAUAUUCAACAGCACUGCUCAUCGGAGAGCGGGCUGCAAUGAUCAUUGCUGAAGAUUUGGGUAUUAAUUGCAUUUGAUAUGUAUCAUCAGAGGCGUAUUUAAUUAUGUAUGGAAAGCCAGUCCAGCUUCGUCUAUCGUAGAGGUACAAUAAGGUCAGACGAACAGUGGUUGGGCUGUGACCGAGCGUCAGCUCGGUUCGGGUGCUGGCGAGAUUGCCGCUCACCCACAAGCUGACGAACCCCACGGCGAGGAAAAACGUCAGCCAGCCCAACCAGUGAGGCAGCGUCGGUAUUCAGGGAUUGGGCAAACUACAAAUUUCGUGACACUGACCAUACAAGGUGUCACAAGACACACAAGACAUCACAGGUCUUACAAGCUUGACAAACAUAUAAUAAAAUAUUAGACCAAUGCUUCUAAGCUUAUUAUAGUCUCUACUAGUGUCCUUAACCUACUAUAUGUCAUUGUAAUAACUAAAAAUAUAUUUGAGAUAUGUACCAUUAACUUAAUU